AAAAUAAAUACAUGGGUAUUAGUACGACAUACAAUAUGAAACGACCCGUUAUAUUUUGAUUGGAUUGAGCAGAAUUAUUUCGCUUGCUUUUAACGGCAGGACCAUAGGAGGCUCUAAUAUUUUAUAGCUCUUUGGCUGUUUAGUUCAGAGAGAGAGAGAGAGAGAGAGAGAGAAUGGGAGCGAUUCUCUCCAGUUUGUUCGGAGGGGGGUCGGCCGCCGAUGCUUCUUCGUCAUCAUCAGAGCCGUCGCGCGUUUUGUCAUUUCACUCCUCGGCUAGAUGGCAGCUCCACCUCAAUGAAUUGAAAGAAUCACCCCAACUGAUGGUGAUUGAUUUUGCGGCGUCGUGGUGUGGACCCUGCAAGUUCAUGGAGCCCGCAAUAAAUGCGAUGUCUGCGAAGUUCACUGACGUUCAGUUCGCCAAGAUCGACGUUGAUGAACUCUCGGAUGUUGCGCAGGAGUUCAAGGUGCAGGCGAUGCCCACGUUCGUGUUGUACAUGCAAGGGAAGGAAGUGGACAGGGUUAUCGGGGCGAAGAAGGAUGAGCUCGAGAAGAAGAUAGAGCGUUACAGGACUCCGCAAGCUAAAACUCUAAGAGGAUGAGGAUGAUGAAUGAAUUUACUGAUGACGUUUGAAAACAUUGUUUGUUUUAAUGAGAAAUUGGGGUUCUUCCUCCAAGUUAGUGAGUGGCUAUCUCAUUCUCUGUGUUCUUACUUAGAUCAAUCCGAUCGCAUGCUCCUUCAUUAUAGAGAUAAAUAAAAGAUUGUGUGUUUAUUCUUAUGAA